UUGUUUGGCUAAGCAGUUUCCCCCUCCGUCCUCAGUGCUUCCCGUCGCGGUGGGUCACUCCAUGCUGGUCCCAGGUCAGUCCAUCGCCCCGGCGGUGUGCCCCCCCGCCCUGCCGGUCCCCGCUGCAGCGGAGCAGAGGGAGGUGGAGGCGGAGGUGGGCCCCGCCGUCACCAUCAUGAAGCCCAUCCUCAGGUUCCUGCAGCUGCUGUGUGAGAACCACAACCAGGACCUGCAGAACUUCCUGCGCUGCCAGAACAAUAAGACCAACUACAACCUGGUGUGUGAGACCCUUCAGUUCCUGGACAUCAUGUGUGGAAGCACCACCGGGGGCCUUGGGCUGCUCGGGCUCUACAUCAACGAAUCAAACGUCCACCUGAUCACUCAGACCCUGGAGACCCUCACUGAGUACUGCCAGGGCCCCUGCCAGGAGAACCAGACGUGCAUCGUGACCCACGAGUCCAACGGCAUCGACAUCAUCACGGCUCUGAUCCUGAACGACAUCAGUCCUCUGUGUCGGUACCGGAUGGAGAUGGUGCUCCAGCUGAAGGACAACGCCUCCAAGCUGCUGUUGGCUCUGAUGGAGAGUCGCCAUGACAGCGAGAACGCAGAGAGGAUCCUGUUCAACCUCCGACCCCGAGAGCUGGUGGAGGAGAUAAAGAAGGCCUACCAUCAGGAGAGCGAGUAUGAGGGGGAGGACGUCUCCCCCCGUGAGGUCGGACACAACAUCUACAUCCUGGCUCAGCAGCUGGCGAGACACAACAAGAUGCUGCAGAACCUCCUGAAACCUCAGAAGAACAGCAAAGAGGGCGAGGAGGGGAUCUCCUCCAUGCUCAACCUGAACAACCGUCCUCUGUCCCAGAUGUUGAAGUCCACCGCUCCAGCUGUUGUGGUGGAGCAGGAUCCGCUGGAGUACUACGACAUGCUCACCUCACAGAUAGAGAUCGUGCGGGACGACCGCAGCAUGGAGCAGAUCGUGUUCCCGGUCCAUCCCAUCUGUGAGUUUCUGACCGAGGAGUCAAAGAUCCGAGUGUUCAACACCACGGAGCAGGACGAGCAGGGGUCAAAGGUCACAAACUUCUUCGAACAAACCUCCUUCCUGCACGGAGAGAUGGAGUGGCAGAAGAAGCUGAGGAGUAUGCCGGUGUUGUACUGGUUCUCCGGGAGGAUGUCUCUGUGGGGAACUAUCUCCUUCAACCUCGCCGUCUUCAUCAACCUCAUCAUCGCUUUCUUCUACCCCUACGCCUCAGGACAAG